AUGAGGCCAAGGCAGAAGAGGAACGCCCACAGCCUGCUGGACGAGGAGAAUGAGGCCAAGGCAGAAGAGAACGCCCAGAGCCUGCUGGACGAGGAGAGUGAGGCCAAGAUCAGAAGCAAACCUAGAAGUAGCCUCAGACUCAGAAGCACUAGAAGUAGCCUCAGACUCAGAAAGCAACUAGAAGUAGCUCGACUCAGGAAGCAACUAGAAGUAGCCUCAGACUCAGAAACUCAGAAGCAAACUAGAAGUAGCCUAGCCUCAGACUCAGAAGCAACUAGAAGUAGCUCAGACUCAGAACAACUAGAAGUAGCCCAGACUCAGAAGCAAACUAGAAGUAGCCUCAGACUCAGAAGCAACUUAGAAGUAGCUCAGACUCAGAAGCAACUAGAAGUAGCCUCAGACUCAGAACCUCAGACUCAGAAGCAAGUAGCCUCAGAAGAGCAACUAGAAGUAGCCUCAGACUCAGAACAACUAGAAGUAGCCUCAGACUCAGAAGCUAGAAGUAGCCUCAGACUCAGAAAAGAAGUAGCUCAGACUCAGAAGCAACCUAGAAGUCAGCAGAAGCAACUAGAAGUAGCCUCAGACUCAGAAGCAACUAGAAGUAGCCUCAGACUCGAGAAGCAACUACUAGAAGUAGCCUCAGACUCAGAAACUAGCAGAGCUCUAGAAGUAGCCUCAGACUCAGAAGCAACCACCUCUCUCAGACUCCGAGAAGUAGCCUCAGACUCUAGAAGUAGCCUCAGACUCAGAAGCAACCUAGAAGUCUCAUCAGAAGCAACCUAG